UUAUUAUUACAUUGUCUAUAAUGUAGCUCAUACAGUCAGUAUUUCUUGUUCUUUAUAUUUUUCUUGUAAAUCUAAUCGGAAUCUUCAACUUUGAGUAGAUAAGCAUAACCAUAAGACUGGUCGGUGAGACCUUCCGUCCCUCCCUAUUCAAGAUUAUUCUAAUUCACGGUAUUUGUAAGAUAAGGAUUUAAAUAUUACAAACUUAACUUUACUUACUCAUUGGUAAAUGGGGUCCGAAGGUCCUCCAUCAGCAAAGAUAACAACAAUUCAUGUGACAGGAUUUAAAAAGUUCCAUGGGGUUUUAGAGAAUCCAACAGAAAUAAUUGUCAAUAAUUUGACAGAAUAUAUGAACAAGAAGACUUUGCCAAAAUGUUUAACUAUUGGGAGCUGCACCAUUCUUGAGACCGCAGGUGAAGGAGCACUUGUUCCACUCUACCAGACCUUACAAUCUGCCCUUAUUGUUCCACAAGACUCUCAAUCUGAAUCUUCAAAUUCCAACCGAAUUAUUUGGCUUCAUUUUGGGGUUAAUAGUGGUGCAACAAGGUUUGCUAUAGAGAAGCAAGCUUUCAAUGAAGCUAAUUUCCGUUGCCCUGAUGAAAUGGGAUGGAAGCCCCAGAGAGUCCCAAUUGUUCCUUCAGAUGGUGAAAUUUCACGAACACGUCAGACUUCGCUUCCUGUUGUGGAGAUCACCAAGGCAUUGGCACAGAAGGAAUAUGAUGUUAUCCUAUCGGAUGAUGCAGGCAGGUUUGUAUGCAAUUAUGUUUACUACCAUUCCCUUCGUUUUGCAGAGCAGAACGGGAUUAAAUCUCUUUUUGUUCAUGUGCCACUCUUCUCAACAAUAAAUGAAGAAACUCAAAUGCAAUUUGCUUCUUCCUUGUUAGAGGUACUUGCUUCUAUAUGUUAAUAUCACCAACAUAGACCCUCACAUUUGGGAGCUUGAUAUAAAAUUGUUGUGGUGUUGGAAUGCUUGUGAAAAUGAAUGAAUGUAAUCUUCAAUGAAUAAUCUCUGAUGACAGGAAAUAUAUUUAAAUGGAAAUGUGUUGAUUGAAAAA